CGCACUUUCCGCCCGCUUCCGCCCUAAGGUGUGGGUCAGGGCGCGGCGGGCGAAGCGGGCGGGUUUGAAUCGGUGCUGCUCCCGGUGCCGGUCCGGGCGGUGCCAUGGACUUCUCGGAGCUGUUCAAGCUCUCCGGGCUGCUCGGCAGGUUUUCCCCCGACGGGAAGUGCUUGGCUUCCUGUGUGCAGUACCGGCUGAUCAUUCGGGAUGUGAAUACCCUGCAGAUCCUUCAGCUGUACACUUGCCUGGACCAGAUUCAGUACAUAGAAUGGUCGUCUGAUUCUCUUUUCAUAUUGUGUGCCAUGUACAAGCGAGGGAUUGUUCAGGUCUGGUCCUUGGAGCAGCCAGACUGGCACUGUAAGAUAGAUGAAGGGUCAGCAGGAUUGGUGGCUUCAUGUUGGAGUCCGGAUGGUCGUCACAUUCUCAAUACAACGGAGUUUCAUCUGCGGAUAACUGUGUGGUCCUUGUGUACAAAAUCUGUAUCUUACAUCAAGUAUCCCAAAGCUUGUCAGCAGGGAAUAGCUUUCACCAAGGAUGGCCGCUAUAUGGCAGUAGCAGAAAGACGUGACUGCAAGGACUUUGUCAGCCUCUUUGUGUGCAGUAACUGGCAGCUGCUGAGGCAUUUUGACACUGAAACACAAGAUCUGUUUGGGAUUGAGUGGGCUCCCAAUGGCUGUGUUCUGGCAGUGUGGGAUACAUGUCUUGAGUACAAAAUAUUGCUGUACUCCCUUGAUGGCAGACUGCUGUCCACAUACCAGGCUUAUGAAUGGUCGUUAGGCAUAAAAUCCAUUGCCUGGAGUCCCAGCAGCCAAUUUUUGGCAAUUGGCAGCUAUGAUGAAAAGGUGCGUAUCUUGAACCAUGUAACGUGGAAAAAGAUCACAGAGUUUGAACAUCCAGCUACUCUUAGUAACACAAAGGCUAUUGUGUAUAAAGAAGUGGAGAAAUCCCCAUCUGUUGAAACAGAGAGAUUUUCUUUCCCUCCGACAAGAGCAUUGGCUAGUUCUGUCUUCAGCACACAAAGUAAAUAUGACAUUUCCCAGGUGCCAGUCUCUUUCCAGUACGUCAAACCAGUUGCUGAUAGGGCUAAUCCCAAAAUGGGGAUUGGGAUGUUGGCAUUCAGUCCUGAUAACUGUUUCCUGGCAACCAAAAAUGAUAACAUUCCUAAUGCUGUCUGGAUCUGGGACAUUCAGAAACUGAAACUGUUUGUAGUGUUGGAGCAGCUGUGUGCCAUCCAGUCCUUCCAGUGGGACCCACGGCAGCCCCGACUUGCUUUAUGUACAGGAAAUAGCAAAGUCUACCUGUGGUCCCCAGCUGGAUGUGUGUCAGUACAAGUGCCAACCGAAGGUAAAGAAGGUGACUUCCAGAUUGUUUCUCUCUGCUGGCAUCCUAGUGGAGAUUCCAUGGCACUUCUGAGUAAGGAUAACUUGUGUGUGUGUUACUUAGGAAGAGAAGAAGUGAAAUAACUCUCAGUUGCAUUGAAAUGCUCACAAAUCUGAGGAAGAAUGAGGAAAGGGGUCAAACCCCAAUCUGAAGUGUUUUAUUUAUAAGUUAUUUAUUUGAAGGAGCUUAAUCAAACUCCAAUCCAUAAGGUGCUGUGAGUGUUUCUGAAUGAUGUUGCAUCUAAAGUGUGGAAAACAAAGUCUGGAUUUUUAAGAAGACUUCAGUUUUGAUGUAAUUGAACUUUCUUGCUAAUUCUGUGAACUAUGGAGUGUUUUUUUUUCUAACACUGUAGCUGAAUGUACAUAAUGUAUAGAUAUUAUUUAACUUUGAUAAUUUCCAAUAAAUAUUUUGAUAAUUACAGACUUAAUAUGAUUCUAACUAAAAAAAUGCCAUUAAUUCGACAGCCUGAGUCUCUGCAAAAUGAAUGAAGAAUAAGUUGGGGACAUCUAACUUUACUGAAAGGUAACAGU